CUCCCUCUCCCCCUCUCCUCCACCGCCCGGCAUGGACGGCGGCGGAGGAGGCCAAGAGGGGCUCGGCCUGGAUAAAAUGUUUGGAGGUUGGUUGGCUGCUUUCUUCAGAAGAAUAUUUACUACAGCUCUGCUUUUGCCAUAAUACCAGAAUUCUGUGAUCCACGCUUCAGUGCUAAACACCAGGAGAGAGUCAUAUUUUAGUCAUACUGUCUAGAUGGAACAGGCAUCAUCUUGAAAGCCCAUCGUAUUUCACAGCUGCUUAUUUGAUUUUUCUGGGAUCAAAGGUGCUCAAUGAAUCAGGGCCCCCCCAAUGAAUCAAACAGCCAAUUCUUGCCAACAGCUGGUUGAAAACAGUGCCGUGCAUGUAGCAGGGAUGGCGCAAGAGGAAAGCCGUCGUGGUCAAGUGCCACCCACAUUUUAUCAUGCUGCCAGUCAGGAACUUGAUCUGUCCACCAAAGUGUACAAAAGAGAGUCAGGAAGCCCUUACUCUGUGUUGGUGGACAGCAAAAUGAGUAAACCACAUCUCCAUGAAAGAGAGGAGCAGCCAUAUUUCAGGGAGAACAGAUCGGUGGGAGAGGUCCGGGCUGUGAAAGAAGAUAGAGAGAACUCUGACAACUCUGAGGAGGAAGAGGAGGAGGAAGAUGAAGUGACUUACAAAAGGGAGCAGAUUAUAGUGGAGGUAAACCUUAACAACCAAACAUUAAAUGUAUCAAAAGGGGAGAAGGGUGUCCCCUCCCAGUCCAAAGAGACUGCUGUUCUUAAGACCAGCAGUGAGGAAGAGGAGGGUGACAGUGGGGAAGAGGCCACUGAAGACAGUAAUGAUGAUGAGGAAAAUGAGAGGCAGAAGAAAAAAGAGAAAAGAGUGGAAAAAGUUAGUGUUACCCAAAGGAGAACAAGGAGAGCUGCAUCUGCUGCAGCAGCCACCACUUCCCCUUCACCCAGAACUACAAGGGGCCGUAGAAAGAGUGUGGAGCCCCCCAAGCGUAAGAAGAAAGCUGCAAAGGAGCCCAAGGCACCUGUGCAGAAAUCAAAGUGUGAAGAAAAGGAGACUUUGACCUGUGAGAAGUGCCCCAGGGUGUUUAACACACGCUGGUACCUGGAGAAGCACAUGAACGUCACUCACAGGCGUAUGCAGAUCUGCGACAAGUGUGGGAAGAAAUUUGUUCUAGAAAGUGAGCUGUCCCUUCACCAGCAAACAGACUGUGAAAAAAACAUUCAGUGUGUUUCCUGUAAGAAAUCGUUCAAGAAGCUCUGGUCUCUCCAUGAACACAUCAAGAUUGUUCAUGGAUAUGCAGAAAAAAAGUUCUCCUGUGAGAUCUGCGAAAAGAAGUUCUACACAAUGGCCCAUGUGCGGAAGCACAUGGUUGCACAUACAAAGGAUAUGCCAUUUACAUGUGAAACCUGUGGAAAAUCGUUCAAACGCAGUAUGUCGCUCAAGGUGCAUUCCCUACAGCAUUCUGGAGAGAAACCUUUCAGAUGUGAGAACUGUGAUGAAAGGUUUCAGUACAAGUACCAGCUGCGUUCCCACAUGAGCAUCCACAUUGGGCACAAACAGUUCAUGUGCCAGUGGUGUGGCAAAGACUUCAACAUGAAACAGUACUUCGAUGAGCACAUGAAAACACACACUGGAGAGAAGCCUUUUAUCUGUGAAAUCUGUGGCAAAAGCUUCACCAGCCGCCCAAACAUGAAGAGACACCGCAGAACUCACACAGGGGAGAAGCCUUACCCAUGUGAUGUGUGUGGCCAGCGAUUUCGCUUCUCCAACAUGCUCAAGGCGCACAAGGAGAAGUGCUUCCGGGUCACAAGCCCCGUUAAUGUGCCACCUGCUGUUCAGAUCCCACUUACCACAACUUCUCCUGCUACUGCAGUCCUUUCUGUAGCAAACACACCCACCACCCCAACUCCACCCAUCAACCUGAACCCAGUGAACACUCUCCCUCCACGUCCCAUCCCCCAUCCGUAUUCACACCUUCAUCUCCAUCCUCACCCUCACCCACACCAUCCACACCAUCUCCCAGUCCCCCCAGUCCCUCAUUUACCCCCACCUCCAGCCCUUUUUAAGAGUGAGCCUUUAAAUCAUAGAGGCCAGAGUGAGGACAACUUUCUGCGACACCUGGCAGAAAAAAACAUUUCAGCACAACACCACUAACACCUUUGCCUCCUGCCAGCUGUUUUUCCUGUUUUAUGCACAUGGAAAUGUGCCCUCCUGGAAAUUGCGGAGGGAUAGCUAGUGAAGAUCUUUCAAAUCUCUCUUUGUCCCCACUUGGAAGGUCCUGGUACUCUCAUGAAUCAGUUAACGAACAAGAAAAUUCCAUUGGAUCAGCAGUGAUCAUUUGAACCAGGGGAACCAAAGGGACUGAAACCCAAUUUGCUUGCGUUCUACUGGUGACUUUUAUAAAUUUCAAAUACUGAGACUUGUGGAAUUUUAUAAUUUCAUAUCAGCUGAUGAGGUAUGCUUGCUUUUAUAUCCUGGACUUCUCCUCAAAGAGGGGAUAGGCCUGGUUUCCUUUGUACUAAUCGGAAAGGCUGUGAGAUUAAUACAGAGCAUUAAUUGUAUCACUGUGUAUCGUAAUGAAUUCUUUUCAGCUUUUGGUGCUGGCUACGGAGUGAGCCAGCCACGUAUCACAGUAUAUCAAGCAUUAUAGAGAAAGACAAAAAAAUUUGUUUGUGUAGCUCUCCUAACGCACUCUUUAUUUUACUACAGAAAUUAUUUUAGAGUUUUUUGUAUAGACCUAUUUAGUAGUCUGUUUCUAAAAUGAAAUGUAUUUCAAUAAGCGGUGUAAUUUUUUCAGUGUAGCUGGACCUAUGUUGUAUAAUAGAUAAAAUUUUAUAAUCAUCAAAAUGUGAUUCUAAAAAGAUGCAAAUAGCUUCUAUAGUUAAAGUUAUUCUUACAUCCAUACAACUUAAACGGUGCUUCAGAGAAGAGAGGGACCCAAGAGGUCUCUGGCAAGGCUGCCUGAGAAGUGGUGUUGAUUUCAGAACUUUUAUGUAAUUUAUUUAGUAGUUUUUAAACCUUCCCUUUCCCCUUCCACAGUGUCUCUUAGGCUUAUUGAACAAAGACAUUGAGAUACCACACUCCUGCUCUACAGGUUUCACUUAGUUCAGUUGGAUGGAAGUGUGGAAUGGGUUGGGUUAGAAAGGGACACAUCUGUUGGGUGAAGAGACUCAGCAGCUCAUGAGUUAUGAAGUCACAGGUGAGUGAGAUAUCUGACUUAGGAGAUGGGAAAUAAACUAUCUCAAGUCAGCCAAGCAUAUCUUCUUUUAUAUAGGAAGGCCUGGUUUUAAUGUUUGUUUAUGGUAUGAUUUUAAUUUUGGGAUCAUAUCAAAUGCUGCUCGUUCAGAUUGCUUUUUUAAAAUUCCUGGACUUAGGAGAGGAGAAUUAAGUUAGUUUCACAAAUGUGGUGUUUGGUUGAUUGUAAGAAUGAGAAGAGGAGAAAUUUGAAUGGGAAAAUGGUGUUUAAGUAGACACAUUGCUGAGAAAAUGCAGUAUGUAUCCACAGUAUGGAGCUCUGUCCCGUAACCAUGACACAUUCAGACAAUAAGGGAUGAUAUUGAGGGGUUCAUAGUCCCAUUUUUGGGGCAAAUCUAAGUUUGACAGUUACAGGUUAGAAACCUUUGAAUUUAGACAAGUCACUGUUUCAUAAUCUUGUGAGGCACUGAGUGAGUGGCAAAUGACAAGUUUGGUGCAGAGGUGGUGGGCUGGAAGGCCAAAUGUAUCUGUUUUAAUCAGUGAGUGGUUAUUUUUUCAGGUUUGUGUUUUUGUUUAAAUGACAUUGAAUAUAGCAGCAUUAUGCAAUUUAGGUAAUUGUCGCCACCCUCAAUGAAGAGUCAGAGGCCCAUAGCCAUUGUACUGUAAGUUUCAAAAAUGUUUCUUACUAUUUUGUGCUGCUUUGUCAAUUGAAUCCCACCCAAACUCCAUCUCCAAAGACCCCAGUAGACAGAUUGCCAUUUUAGUUAAUGAACUGGGCUUUUGUGGCUGAUAGAUAUCUUCAAAGUAGCAGAAAUGGUGGAAAUUCUUCCUAGCAUUAUUUCUUCAAGUUUAAUGCUGUUAAUCACUUUUUUU